ACGGACCAAGUAGUUUGGUACCGACGACGUGUUUUUAUUUACAUCUCAGAAACGCCCAGAUUUGUGUUUUAAACAGUGGUAACGGGGUUGUUUGGACGGUCUCGUUAUUGUAUACACCAAAUAGUAUUUUUUCUGAGCACUGGGCCGGUGUUAUUUUCAAUCUGUCCAUUUUCUCUCUCACUCCAUCCGUGACGUCAGCGUUCUUUUCUCUUCCAGAGCACGAUGGCGGACGACGCGACUCGGAAGGCUGUGUCGGAGAUCCCGCUGCUCAAGACUAACUCCGGUCCCCGGGACAAGGAACUCUGGGUGCAGCGGCUCCGAGAGGAGUACCUGGCCCUCAUCAAGUAUGUGGAGAACAACAAGACGGCAGACAACGACUGGUUCCGCCUGGAGUCCAACAAGGAGGGAACCAGGUGGUUUGGGAAGUGCUGGUACAUUCAUGACCUCCUGAAGUAUGAGUUCGACAUGGAGUUUGAUGUAAGUACACACACGCACCACACCAAAGUUUGUGCAAAAAUAAAUAAAAAGCAGAUCAAUCAAAAAAAUAUAUAAUAAUCCCUUUGCUAA